UGACACCACGUUCACUACCGCCCUACGGCAUCAACCAUUCUUUAACAGCACGCUACAAACCUAGAAAAUCGACCCCCCGUCAAACCUAACCAGCCAACCACUCGCAAACUUCACAUCCUCAAAUAUCAAUAUGCGUACCUCUUUCGCUCUCGCUGCCCUUGCUGGCUCUGCGCUCGCCGCUCCCCACGUCCACCGUCACCAGAAGAAGGCGGCUGAGUACGUCAACGACGUCCACGUUGUCGUCGAGACCCAGCUCGCCACCGUCUACGUUACCGAGGGAUACGAGGAGGCCGAACCUACCCCUGCCCCUGAGCCCGUCUAUGACGCUCCUGUUGUGACCACCAUUGUCUACGAGGAGCCAGCACCGGAGCCCACCACCUACGAGGCUGCCCCCCCGGCUCCCCCUGCGCCCACCAGCGUCAAGUACGAGGCUCCCUCCUCCAAGGCUCCUCCCCCAGCUCCUCCCGCUCCUACCACAACCCAGGCUCCUGCUCCCACCUACGAGGCUCCUGCUCCUGCUCCCACCCCCACCAAGCCCGCCACCCCCGUCGGUGAUGAUCAAGGCUGCAAGGGCGUUAUCGACAGCUGGCGCGCCAAGUUGGGCCUGAAGCCCCUUGAAUACGAUGAGAAGCUCCGGGCCAACGCCCGUGACGUCGUCAAGUCUGGCAACGGCCAGAUGGUCCACAAGCUCAACCCCGGCACUUUCGGCCAGGUUCUCGCUCCCGGUAAAGCCGACGAAUUCGAGCACGUCUUCGUUGGAGGAUGGCUUUGCGAAAUCCCCACCCUCCCCGGCCUAGACGGUGUCUGCGCUAAGCAGUCCCAAGGCUGGUCGUACGAGGGCCAGACUGGCCACGCCGAUAUCCUGACCUCCACCAACUACUCCAAGAUCGGCUGCGAGAUCGAUGCUGGUAUCUGGUGCUGCGAUCUUGCAUAAAGGACAAACGUAUGGACGGGACUUUUUGGGGCUUUUGAUGUCGGUGGC